AUGACCGAAUCGGCAUAUCAGCACAUCAGCCGAUCAGCACGUCAGCCCAUCAGCACGUCAGCCCAUCAGCACAUCAGCUCAUCAGCACGUCAGCCCAUCAGCACAUCAGCUCAUCAGCACAUCAGCUCAUCAGCACAUCAGCUCAUCAGCACAUCAGCUCAUCAGCACAUCAGCUCAUCAGCACGUCAGCCCAUCAGCUCAUCAGCACAUCAACACAUCACCGCAAUGAAAGACACCGGGAAAAAUGAGUACGGAACCUUCCCCAUAACGAUCAACGAAGGGCACUCAGACCAGGUGGGAGAAAAGAAGUUGCUGGGCGGAGGGAUCUAUUCGCGUGUGCUGGAGCGAGCCAAGCUGAUGUGUCUCUUCCUGACGUGGUACGCCCUGAACAUACUAUACAAUGUGGAUAAUAAGAUAGCCCUUAACAUGACGAAGCUUCCCUGGUUUAUCAGCUCUGUGCAGUUAUUCUCAGGAUGGAUUUUUAUUUUUAUGUAUUGGUUGACAGGCUACAAGAAGCCUCCAAGAAUAUAUACCUACGAUUUGUUUUUAAAGAGCAUAGGGAUCCAGAGUUUCUGUCACAUCAUGGUUCACUUCGGUGCCGUCGUGUCCAUGUCAUCAACAACGGUAUCCUUCACUCACGUGGUGAAAGCAUGUGAACCUGUUUUUACUGCUCUACUAUCCAUCGUAUUCCUAAAGCAGUAUAUGAAGAUAAACAAAUAUCUCACCCUACUAAUCAUUGUCGGAGGAGUUAUCUGUGCAUCCGUUAAGGAACUCCACUUCACAUGGCUCUCCUUCUGGUGUGCUACCAUCUCCAAUUUGGGAUCUUCCAUGAGAUCCAUUUUUGCUAAGAAGAUGAUGACACAGAAAUCUCUAAUUGGAGAAAACCUUAACGCUUCCAACAUUUAUGCUAUGAUUACUAUCUUCUCAGCUCUCAUGUCUUUACCUCUGGUAAUCAUUUUCGAGGGAAAGGCCUCAUACAACUUCAUCGUCAACUAUCAGAAUGUCACUCUAAAUAAUUACACAUACAGGGAGAUAAUCACGAAGAUCUUUCUCAGUGGCAUUUGGUACUACCUAAACAAUGAAGUUGCUUUUAUGUGCCUGGAGAAAGUCAACCAAGUCACUCACGCCGUGGCCAACUCGAUUAAGCGCGUCGUCAUCAUCGUGUCAUCGAUUAUAAUCUUCCAGACGCAAAUCACCUUGCUGGGCGCCUUCGGCUCGGCCGUCGCCAUCACGGGCGCCUUCCUCUACUCCGUCAUCUGA